AUGCGACACAUGUCAGAGUCUGUGUUUGUGGGACUGUGUCGUAUAGUUGGAACAUCACAACAGGUGGCCAUGAGACGGGAUAUUGCGGACAUCCGUGAAAUUAUGUCACAGCAAAGAAGUAGUCAGUUCAUUAUGAUUUUGAGCGGAAGUAAAAGAGAGGGUUUCAGACUGUUGGGAUCUGAUGAGGAUAGGAUGACCUGGAGUGAAAACAAUCGAGUGAUUUGGGAAUUCUCACAGUCUAGGCAUUAUAACUUGUCCAGAGAAGUACUGAUUCUUACUGAUAGCUCUGAUAGCCCACCAGGAUUUACUCUUCUCCGGUUACUUACACCAAGAGCUGACAUAAAUAUUAGGUGUGCAUGUGUCAAAAUGAAUGAAAGGCUUUAUAUAUCUAGCUCGUUUUACAGAUUGAUCAUGUUUAGGUCGAAAUACCCCAAUUACACUACACAUAUACAUGGACCGUGCAGUAGUGGGAACGUAUUUGGAAAGGAAUAUGAUAUUGCCAACUGUUUUGUCAGUGACUUUUGGCCUCCCUUAGCCUCCUCUUGGAUCAACAGAUGUCAUUUUUGGCCUCAUCUUCAAGUUGUCCGUGACAUAGUUAGAAAUGGAUGUCAUUUCGUAGCAAUAGGACACAAACUAGGUAAUCAUGAAGAUAAAGAAUGGAGAAUUUCUUUUUCUGUGGCAGAACAAAAACUUGCGUACUCAAUGAACCACUCUCAAUUUUUAACUUAUGGUUUAUUGAAAGUGUAUUUGAAAGAAGUAAUUAACAAUGAUGUAAGUAGUGAAGAUAAAUUACUUUGUUCCUAUCACAUGAAAACAGCAGUUUUCUGGGUACUUCAGCAAAACUUAUUGUCUAACUGGUGUCAACAAACUUUCCUUGAAGGCUUCUGGAUCUGCUUUAAAAUAAUUCUUAAAUGGGUGUAUGAGGGGGUUUGUCCAAACUUUUUCAUUCCACAGAACAACAUGUUUCUGAGUAAAAUCCAUGGAGAAGCACAACUAAUUUUAUUUUUACGCUUGUAUACAUUAUAUGAGAGAGGUAUUGCAUGCCUUUUACAGAGUCCUUCUAUCAGAUCCUGUGUUGUAAAUGCCCUUUGUAAUCCAACACUAUUUAUUUGUACAAAUGAAAUGACUUUAAUUCCUGAAUAUACAAUUGAUGCAGAAAUAUUUACUGAGCUAAUUAAAAUUAAUUUAUGUUACACCACAACCCUAAGGCAUAGUGUAAACGCCCUGAAAGCAGUAGAGCGGUUGAUGAUAAAAUCACACCUUAUGCAGUAUCACGUUCCAUAUUUACAAAGACUUGUAGCCUUGAUACUGAGAAAAACUGCUUUUAUAUUGCACGGCAUGUACACUAAAACGUGUUCUAACAAAAGGAGUGAGACAAGUAUGCGGCACAUGUCCGAGUCUGUGUUUGAGGGGAUGUGUCGUAUUGUAGGAACUUCGAAUCAGGUGGCCAUGAGAAGAGAUAUGGCAGACAUUCGUGACUUGAUGUUGAACCAAGCAAGGACCGAUGACCAGACCUGUAUGAUAAUGAGUGGAAGUAAUGGAGAGGGAAUGAGACUGUUAGAGUUUGAUUUAGAUACCAUGGCCUGGAGUGAUAAAGAUCAAGUGAAUUCGGACUUGUCUCAGACUAGGUUAUAUAUCUUGUCCAGACAAGUACUGAUUCUUACUGAUAGUUCUGAUAGUCCAAAAGGAUUUACUUUACUGCAGUUACUUAUACCAAGAGCAGACAAAUUCAGUUAUCAUGUGUCAGAAUGA